AUGUUCCAGCUGCCCAUCCUCAAUUUCAGCCCCCAGCAAGUGGCCGGGGUCUGCGAGACCCUGGAGGAGAGCGGGGACAUUGAGCGCCUGGGCCGCUUCCUCUGGUCCCUGCCGGUGGCCCCUGCGGCAUGCGAGGCCCUGAACAAGAACGAGUCGGUGCUGAGAGCCCGGGCCAUUGUGGCCUUCCACACGGGGAACUACCGGGAGCUCUACCACAUCCUGGAGAACCACAAGUUCACCAAGGAGUCGCACGCCAAGCUGCAGGCCCUCUGGCUGGAGGCGCAUUACCAGGAAGCCGAGAAGCUGCGGGGCCGACCCCUGGGGCCCGUGGACAAGUACCGGGUGCGGAAGAAGUUCCCGUUGCCCCGCACCAUCUGGGACGGGGAGCAGAAGACGCAUUGCUUCAAGGAGAGGACGAGGCACUUGCUACGGGAGUGGUACCUGCAGGACCCUUACCCCAACCCCAGCAAAAAGCGAGAACUGGCCCAGGCUACCGGACUUACCCCUACACAAGUGGGCAACUGGUUCAAAAACCGCAGACAAAGAGACAGGGCAGCAGCCGCUAAGAACAGGCUACAGCAGCAGGUCUUAUCCCAAGGCUCGGUGCGCUCGCUGCAGGCCGAGGAGGAGAGCGCAGGGGAGCCGCUGGGGGCCGCCUCCAGUCCCGCGGCCAGCCUGUCCAGCAAAGCGGCCACCUCUGCCAUUUCCAUCACAUCCAGCGACAGUGAAUGUGACAUCUGA